CAUCCCCAUCACUUUCUGCUCUACCUCUUGCUUCUCCCAGCACGUACAAUAUAUUAGUUUACUUAUAGACUAAACCCAACACUACUUAUUUCUGCCAUGGCUGAUGCUGCCUUUUCUUUUGCGAAGGACUUUUUGGCCGGUGGGGUCGCAGCUGCUAUUUCUAAAACUGCUGUCGCGCCGAUUGAGAGAGUCAAACUGCUCCUGCAGGUACAACAUGCCAGCAAGCAGAUCAGCGCAGACAAACAGUACAAAGGUAUUGUCGACUGUAUUGUGAGGAUUCCUAAGGAGCAAGGCUUUGCUUCUUUUUGGCGUGGCAACCUUGCCAAUGUCAUUCGCUAUUUCCCCACACAAGCUCUAAACUUUGCCUUUAAGGACAAAUACAAACAGAUCUUCUUGGGUGGUGUUGAUAAACACACACAGUUCUGGAGAUACUUUGCUGGCAACUUGGCUUCAGGUGGAGCUGCAGGAGCCACUUCUCUUUGCUUCGUCUACCCGCUGGAUUUUGCCCGUACUCGGCUGGCUGCAGAUGUCGGGAAAGCUGGCAGCACCAGAGAGUUCAGCGGGCUGGCUGACUGCCUGGCCAAAAUCUUUAAGUCAGAUGGCUUACGAGGGCUGUACCAGGGGUUCAACGUCUCCGUCCAGGGCAUCAUCAUUUACAGGGCGGCCUACUUUGGAGUCUAUGACACUGCUAAAGGCAUGCUUCCCGAUCCAAAGAACACCCACAUUAUGGUCAGCUGGAUGAUUGCACAAACUGUGACAGCAGUGGCUGGCGUGGUCUCCUACCCAUUCGACACUGUGCGUCGUCGCAUGAUGAUGCAGUCUGGGCGCAAAGGAGCGGAUAUUAUGUACACUGGAACCCUUGACUGCUGGAGAAAGAUCGCUCGUGAUGAGGGCAGCAAAGCGUUCUUCAAAGGGGCUCUGUCUAAUGUACUCAGAGGAAUGGGGGGCGCUUUUGUUCUCGUGCUUUAUGAUGAAUUCAAGAAGUAUAUUUAAACUACUGUAUAUAUACUAAAUGGAAGUAGAGUAGCUUUUACCACAGCGCUUUAUUAAGCUUUAACCAAACCCUCUCCACUAUGCACAGAUGCGGUCUUGGUUAAAUUGUGUUAGAGAACACUUUAGCGAGUCAUAUUUUUAAAUAUUUGUGUUUGUUGCUGCAUUUGUUGUGUUUAAGACAUGUUCUUUCUUUUUAAGACAAUGUUUUCUGAAAAGAAAGCAACAGUGUGUUAUUUAAAAGGAUAGUUUUCAUAAAAAUUAAACGUUAGUUUACUCAUGCUCAGGCAAUUUAAAUGCAGGUGAUUUUUUUUAUUCAUUAAUACAUUAAAACAAAUAUAUUUAGUGGGAAUAACCCUUGGUGA